CGGCCUCCAUGCAGUAAACGAGGAGAGGUUCUUGCUUCAACAGUGAUUGAACGGAACUUCUUUCGGUCCUUUUGCUUCCAUAGCGACUCGGCAAACUCUUUAACACUUCCAAAUAACUCUACAUAAAGCUCUAUUUUUGUACCGUUUUGUAAGAAAAGACAAACACGCCAGCCGAAAUGGAGUCUCAAGUGCGCCAGAACUACCACCGAGAAUGCGAGGCCGCCAUUAACCGAAUGGUCAACAUGGAGCUGUUCGCUUCCUACACCUACACUUCCAUGGCAUUUUACUUCUCCCGAGAUGACGUGGCCCUUCCAGGCUUUGCUCAUUUCUUUAAGGAGAACAGUGACGAAGAGCGGGAGCAUGCUGAGAAGCUGCUAUCCUUCCAAAACAACAGAGGUGGACGCAUCUUCCUGCAGGACAUCAAGAAACCAGAGCGUGAUGAGUGGGGGAGUGGACUUGAAGCCAUGCAGUGUGCUCUGCAGUUGGAGAAAAACGUCAACCAGGCUUUACUGGAGCUGCACAAACUGGCCUCUGAUCACGUGGACCCUCAUCUGUGUGACUUCCUUGAAAGCCACUACCUGAACGAGCAAGUGGAAGCUAUCAAGAAGCUGGGCGACUACAUCAGCAACCUGUCCCGCAUGGACGCCCAUAACAACAAGAUGGCCGAAUACUUGUUUGACAAGCAUUCUCUGGGGGGCAAGAGCUAAACGGUGUUUGAGUGCCUCCUCAAUUCAAUCAGGCAUUCGCUUCCUAUCAAACUUAACAUGAUUUCAUAUAUAAUUUGGUUUCAAACAUGUUGGAAGUCAAUUUGGAAGUCUAAUGUGCUAUUCUAAAUAAACCUUUUGAGCUGGA